AUGCUGAGAGAGGUGGGGCAGAUUUAUGAAGCUUCAGUCUCUGAACGAAGUGAUACUGAAAGGAAUAAGCAUGGGAUUCUUUGUUACCUUCCUGAACUUGCUGCUAAACUCAUGCUUUCCGGCAAUACACUGGAGCUGAUGGAUGGUGAUGCUGCUCAUGUUCCUCUGAUCUGGGUUUCAGCAGUUCUGGAUAAGGUAAUAGAAAAACUUGGAGACCAGAGAGUCUUUGUGUUGUCAGUUCUGGGAAUUCAGAGCUCAGGAAAAUCCACCAUGUUCAACGCCAUGUUCGGACUCCAGUUUGCAGUCAGUGCUGGAAGAUGCACCAGAGGAGCCUUCAUGCAGCUGGUGAAAGUGUCUGAUGAGAUGAAGGAGGAACUGAAGUUUGACUACAUUCUGGUUGUUGAUACUGAAGGUCUCAGAGCUUUAGAGCUGGCUGGAAAAGACACCAUACAUCAUGAUAAUGAACUGGCAACAUUUGUUGUAGGUCUUGGAAACUUGACUUUGAUCAACAUCUUUGGAGAAAACCCAUCAGAGAUGCAGGACAUUCUUCAAAUUGUUGUUCAGGCCUUCAUGAGGAUGAAGAAGGUCAGACUGAAGCCCAGCUGUGUGUUUGUUCAUCAGAAUGUUACUGAUGUUGCAGCUGGAGAGAAAAUAAUGGAGGGAAGAAGACGAUUGCAAGACAGACUGGAUGAAAUGACCAAGUUAGCUGCAGAAGAUGAAAUGUGUGAUGCAGAAUGUUUCAGUGAUGUCAUUGCAUUUGAUGUACAGAAAGAUGUGAAGUACUUUUCCCACCUCUGGGAGGGCAGCCCACCCAUGGCUCCACCAAACCCACGCUACAGUGAAAAUGUUCAGGAGCUGAAGAGAGACAUUAUUUCUCGCGCAUCAAAAACAAACUGCAUGAAAUUAUCACAGUUUCAGCAGCGAGUGAAAGACCUCUGGGAGGCUCUGCUGAAUGAAAACUUUGUCUUCAGUUUCAGGAACACACUGGAAAUAUCAGUGUACAGGAAACUGGAGGAGGAGUAUGAGAAAUGGACCUGGAGUCUCAGGAGUGCCAUGCUGAGUAUUGAAGACACAAUGCUAAACAGAAUCUCCAGUGGAAAAGUGGAACCAGUGGGAAAACAAGAGUUGAUGAGAGAAAUGUCAGAGACACUGCAAAAAGUCCAAACAGCAUUUAAAAAUUAUUUUGAAGAAGACAGUGAAAAAGAAACUCUGAUUCAGUGGAAAAGCAGAUUUGAGAAACAAAUACAACACCUCCAUGAUGACCUAGUAGAUGAGGCCAAAAGAAAACUGGAUGACAACAUCAAACAGAAAAACAUUCAGAAAAAUCUGGAUAAGCAGCUGAAAAAUCAUGAGAAGACCCUCUUUGAAAAGAGUAAAGAACUCGCUCUGAACAUUAAAGAAGAUGACAGUAAAAAUAGAGACCCAGAAACAGAAUUUGAUUCAGUUUGGGGAAAGUGGGUCUCUGAAUUAAGUAAAGAUGUUCCAAAAAUUAAAGAUAUAAACAUCUCAAAUGAUGUUAUUAACAUUCUGGGAGAGUUUUAUGAACAUAGCCUUGUUGUUGGACAAAAGGAACAUGCUGGUUUCAGAUGGAUUUGCACUGCUAGUGAUCAUGAAAACUAUGUCUCAAUCAAAAAGAACAGGAUUGUAGGUGCUUUUCCUGUUUUGGAAACAUUACCUUAUAUGGAACAGUGUUUUGAAGUAGAUGAUCAAAAAUUAACACAAGAGCUAAUUUCUGAAGUUAUUGAAAAAACAACAGAAAAAGUGGAAUCAUUUCCAGUCUCAGUGCAGGGAUACAGCUCAGUCUACAUCCAGGAGAUUGUACGUGAUAUCAAACAACGAGUGCAGAAGUUUAAACCAAGAGAUGACUCCUUUGAGUUUAAGAAAGAGUUCUUUGUUGAUCUCUCUCUUUAUGUGUGUGAACAAGCUGAGAAACGCUUUGUAGAACUUCACAGGAAAUACAGAGAAGCAAAUGAUCCAGUUCUUUACUUUGAAAAGAAAAAAGCUGAGUACUUUAACAUCUUUGAGAAUUACAGGAAAGGAGCAACAUCUGCAGCAGUGCUUGGAGAUCAAAUCUGUGUUAAACUAAAAGAAACAAUCCUGCAGAGUGUGUACAGCAUGACCGCUAAAUUCAUCUGUGAUCAGAUGAGAGGAAAACCUCCAUUUAAUGGGAACAGAGGAGAUCUGGAGAAACACAUUCUGAAGACUCUGGCAGAGCAGGAGGGAGAUAAGAAUGAAAAGUUUGACACAUUCAUGACAUACAUGAACUACCCCUACUACCACUUUGAAAUUUUCACCAGAGACAGAGUUAGACAGUACAUGGCAGCAGAAAAUCCUCAGGCAGCUUCUGUAAUAAAAGAACACAUCGACCACAAACAGAGAAUUAUCAUCAGUGCAGCAGAAGAGGCCAGAGAUGAAGUCAAACUCAUCAGUGGAGAUAUCAACAAGUGGCUGGAGAUUUUCUCCAACAGUCUUGUAGAUGAGUUAGGAGAUACCAGAGUUCACCUGAGUGAUGAUGUCACUGAUUAUGAUGUUCUUGUAGAUGUUAUAAAAAAAGAGCUCUUGGUUGUUGUUGAAGAGCUAAAAGCAAACCUCUGUAAACUUUCAGAUCUGAAAAAGGAGAUGUUCAGAGAAAAGCCAGAGCAGAUUCUGAUUAAACACUUCUGCAGGUGCUGCUGGGAGCAGUGUCCCUUCUGUGGAGCCGUCUGUACCAACAGUCAAGAAAAUCACACUGAAAAACACCAGGCUGAAUUCCAUCGCUCAGGUGGAAUAACUGGAAAGCAUUUUAGGGAUACAACUGAGUUUUCUAUAAACGUUUGCACAACAAAAGUAGCGACAGAUAACCUAGAAUUUUCAGCAGGUAACCCAGAGAAGUGCUACCCUUACAGAGAGUUCUGGACUGCAGGAGGAAAAUACGCUGAAUGGAGCAUCUCUCCUGAUUUUUCUUCUCUGGCCUACUGGAAAUGGUUUGUUUGUGAAUUCCAGGAAAACCUUGAAAAUUACCAUCAAAAAACCUUUAGUGGAAAAGGAGAGAUUCCGUCUGAAUGGAAAAAGUACACUCAGUCUGAUGCAGUUGCAAGUUUAGGAAUAAAUGUAUGA